AUGUGACGGUGGCCACGCCCACCUUCGACGAGUAUCAGCAAAAUGUGUGGUUGUUUGUUUGUUAGUGUGUGUGUUGCCAGCAUAUGAUUGUCAGUACAAAGUGACGUUUAGUCGUCUAACAGGGGCGUGGCCUGUUUUGGCUCUCAUAUAACAGGUGUCACUCUUGGUAUCCUCUUUAAUGCUGUGUCAGGCUCGAGCUCCAGCUGCCGUCGUUGUAAAAGACAGCUAACAGAGCACCAUGACAUCUCUACUGGAAAUCCUCGACAUCAACACAGGCCUUGCUUUAGGCGUUGCCGUGUUGUCGUUGUUGUGGUGGUUUUCCGUCAGACGACCUGCAGGUGCACCUCCAGGACCUUGGCUGGCUGUACCACUGUUGGGUCACCUGCUGCUGAUGAUGAAGAAAGAUCCUCGGCAGCAGUUCGCAGUAUGGCGACGACAGUACGGUGACGUGUUCAGUCUGUACCUGGGCAGCCAGCUGGUGGUGGUGCUCAACGGCUACAAAGUCAUCAAGCACGCAUUAGUAAAAAACGCCGACGCCUUCUCCAACAGGGCCUAUAGUUAUGUGCGGGAAAUAAUAACCGACAGCAAAGGCGUUGUUGACACCUCUGGUGCGGUGUGGAAAGACCAAAGAAAGGUUGCUAUAGAGAUCCUACGAGAGCUAGGGAUGGGCAAAAACGUCCUGGCGGUAAAGGUCCAAGAAGAAAUCAAAGAGUACAUCAGGGUCAUAUCCGAGAGUCAGGGUCAGCCACUGGAUUUGAGCCACUUCACCAAAGCUAGCAUGUCCAACAACAUCUGCUCCAUUCUCUUUGGCAAACGCUUCGAGUAUGACGACGAUGUCUUUAGAAAUUAUCUUCAUCUGGUGAAUGUCGUUGUUAACGACUGGGGAGCGGGUGCUGCACUCACUGUCAUGCCUUUCCUACGACACCUGCCUGGAGAUUGCCUUAACUUGAAACGAGUUGUGGACAACAUGCAGGUUGUGCUGUACAAGCUUAUUAAACCUUUUGUAGACGAGCACUACCGCAGGUCUGACGAGGGCACAGUCGACGACUUUAUUGGCGCCUACAUCAGAGAAAUACAUCAUCAUCGUAACAGUCAGUCAGGAUCACCUCACAUCAACAAUGUUAAUAUCCUUAAGACAACCUUCGACGUAUUUAUAGGCGGCUCGGAAUCGGGCCCUACAACUAUCCUGUGGACUCUGGUUUACUUCCUUCACCACCCUGACGUGCAGGACAAGUGCUACGAGGAGAUCCACAGAGUUGUCGGCACAGAGCGAGCGCCCACCAUACAGGAUAGACCGCAGUUAGUUUACAUGGAGGCUGUCAUCAUGGAGGUUCUUCGCUGCGCCACCCCUUCGCCACUAAGUGUGCCACAUUCCACCCCAUGUGACGUGGAGUUUGGCGGAUACACGAUCCCUAAGGGCACUUUAGUCAUUCCCAACCUGCAUUCUGUGAUGAGCGAUCCGGAGACCUGGGGUGACCCCGACAGAUUCCGACCUGAACGUUUCAUUGGAGAGGACGGCAAACUGUGGAGACCAGAAGAGUUCAUUCCCUUCUCUACAGGUCGGCGCAGUUGUAUUGGUGAGGCGCUUGCCAGAAUGGAAUUAUUUCUAUAUCUGUCAACAAUGGUACAACACUUCCAAUUCCUGCCUCCCGAAACUGGAGAGCUUCCAUCAUUGCAAGGUGUGCUGGCACUAACCUAUCGUCCUGCACCUUUCAAGGUUCGUGCUGUGUCUAGGAUGUGUUCCGGAAAAGAAACAUUUGAAGAAAAGCAGUGAUGGAGCCGCCUUGACCGUCUCAGAGGGCACCAAAACACAUAUCUCAGCUUCCUAUUUAUUUACACUCAAAGUUUUUACAUGGCUGCAACACAUCUAUUAACGAGGGACACAGUCUCACCUGUUUUUCUAUGACUUUCAUGUUACACGUAGAGAAAAUGGACUGCCGACCUAGAAAGCCCGACCUAAUGUGUUUUGGCUUUAGUCAAUGGCAAAAAAUUGUAGGGCCCAACACGCUCCGUGUCUAGGGCACACUUAAAAUAUUUUUAAACAAUUAGUGGGACCACUUUUGGUUCGAUUUUAUUCUACUAAUUACUAAUUUGCCAAAAUACGAGUAGCUUGUACUUCAUAUUAAGCAGAUGCGUGCUCAUUUUUUGUCACUUUAAUUCUUUAACUCUUCCUUAUAUAAAUCACGUUUAGUUAGACGUUUAAUAAUACCAAUAUUCUUUUAAUACUACUCUAUAUUUGAUUGACUCGGAUAUCAAUGCAGCUAUUUACCAGUUUAAAGAAGGUCUCUUAAAGGUGGCCAACUGAUAAAAAUGUAAUUAUACAUGAUUCAGAAUGAAUGUACAUUUACCAACAACAAAAAUCAGUAACCAAAAUUUGUGGUCAAAAGAAAGAAAAGCUUGUAUAAAACUGACAAACGACAAGUAGAAAAAUGAAAGUAAAGAAUUGUUCAAGAAUUUCAACAAUGAUUGAAAAUUGUUUUGAAGACAAUCAAAAUGUUUCUUACAAAUAAAGUAGUAGGAAAUAACAUUUAUGAAAAUGAUUUGGUGAGGUAUUUUGUGAAUAGUUAGUGACAUUGAAAGUCUAGAAGAUUUAUAGCUCUAUUUGGUAUAACUCAGUAAGGACAUGAUCAUUAACUAGGAUUUAAACAUCCUCUAGCACCACAACUCUAGCUGUAGUCGCAGUUGAGGAUAUUCUAAAUCCUAGUUUCCAACUGGAUUAUCUGUGUUAGGAAGUAUUAGAUAAUUACAUGUGCGUUGACAUUGUGCAAGAUGGAAGCGUAUCGACUUCUAACUGCUCUUAAUGAACGGAAGAUUGUCUACACCGGAUUAUCUGUUUGAAGAAAGGUUACAGAUCGUAGUGAGAACUUUUUUUACGUAAUUUUUUUUUUGUUUUGUUUUGUUUAGUAAGAGAAGGCGGUCUGCUUAACAAGUCAUUUUUAGUAUUGGUGUGAAAGAACGCGUAUUUUUGUGGCCCCGCGGGUGUGUUUGGAAGAAAAAGCAGAGUCCCACUUCACGGUGUCGUGACAUUUAGUAAAAUAUGGAUGCUACAGAUAUCUUGAACUACGAUAAACCAGGUGGACCAAAGAGAUUCAUUCUUUGAAAAUUUAGAAGCUUUAUUUAUGUCCUUUAAAAAAAAGUGCAAAAUUAGUUCUUUAAAUUCAUGAAGGGAACCUUUAAUUUAACUACUCAGCAAAUAAAUGGAUGUAGAUAAACCUGACAAUAAAGAAAUUUCACUGAGAAAUAUCUUCAGUAAGAUAUAUGGUCACAUCAUAAAUAAAAAAAACAAUGGCCCAAAUGUUUGUGAAAGUUAUUCUUAGGUAUAAAGAUGUAGAACAGUUUUUUUAGGUGACUGUGUAGAAUUGUAUCCUAUAUUUAAGAUAACAUACAACUUGUAUUAGUACAUCUGUGAAUAGUAUAUAAAGCCAUGUUUGUAUAAUGGAUCGAUGACAAAACCAAUUAAACCGCUUGUUCUUCUUUUCUUGGAAAUAAACUUGACUGUCGCUGAGA